UCUAGCUGUGUGAGGGCAGAGACAAGACAGCACCAACAGUGUACACGCCGGGCUCUCAAUGACAACAUGACGUACCAGCCAGUGUUGGUCCACUACAGGAAUGGAGUCAAUGUGAAGGAUUUAAAAAAGGAACAUUUUCAGAACUGAAAGUUUUGUGUGACAGAAAGGCAGGAAGUUAUUCCACAUGGUAGUUGUUAUUAUGAUGCUGUGCUUCUGAGAUAGCUGUUCCGGAUUUAUUGCUGGUCAUCAUCUGUCUGCCCAAACUCCUCAAAGAAACGACAUCUCAGACCCUUGUACAGACUUGCUGACUUGCUGACAAAUUGCUGCAAUGUUACGAGUGUGGCCCGUGGAUCAAUGAGGAGUUGAUCAGUCUGUGGCAAACUGUCAGUGUUGAGGCAAGGGAGAUAAUCAAAGUUUGCUUCACGAGGGAGACAGUGGUUAACUGUGACAGCAGGCACGUGGUCAGAGCUGAAAGAAUUAACUCUUCUGAAAAGGUUUCACAAAGAUCCUUGUGUGAGGACACCACAGGGAAACAUGGUGCACACGAACGGAAGCCGACGUCAUGUCAACUUUCCACUGACGACUGAGGAAGACCUGACGUGGAAGCAGGCAGUGGAUCAAGACGAGGCGGGCUUCUUGGUGCACGCAGCCGUCUUUCUCAUGGCGGUCAUCAUCAUCGCAGGGUGCGCCGGUAACAUCAUGGCCGUCCUGGCUGUGAAGACCACAAGGAGGCUGCAGACCGUGUCCAACAUGUUCGUGGUGAACCUCAGCGUGUGUGACCUCAUGUUUGUCUUCCUUGUCCUGCCCUUCAACAUCUACACCUACAUCGCAGAUGGCUGGUACAUCGACGCCAACCUCUGCAAGUUUGUGGGCAUCUUGGGAUACACUCUCACAGGUACAACAAUCAUCACCAUCACGAUGAUAGCGUGGAACCGCUACAAGAUGGUCACUGACCUGGCCGCCUACAAGACAAUCUUCGUUCCUAGAAACAUGGCCCUGAUGCUGGUGGUUGCCUGGCUCCUCCCCCUGCUGGGCUUGAGUCCAGCCAUUGUGGGAGUCUGGGGCCAGUUCGGCUACGUCCCCGUGCUGGUCACGUGCAACUUGAUACUCGACCAUGACAGCCAGUCCUUCAAGCUCUUCCUCCUCCUCAUCCGAGCAGUGAUUCCAAGCGUGCUCAUCAUGUACUUCUACGCCAGGAUCUUCCGCACGACCAGGGCCAGUCAUCGCCGCAUCGUACGACCGACCAUCCUCAACUCUGUCCUUGACCUUCACAAUCACCGUAAGGAGAUGCAUCUGACUCGCAUGAUGAUCGCAAUAUUCAUCGUGUUCGCGUUGUCUUAUUUCCCCUGCACGAUAUCCAGCAUCAUCGACUGGAACACUGUACUGUCCAAGCAGUUUCAUAUGUUCUGCUCCAUCACCGUGUACGUUGGCAGUGCCAUCAACCCGCUUAUCUACGGACUCAUGAACUCCCAAUUCAGACAAGCCUACAUGAACAUUAUGUCCUGCAAGAAAGUAGGUAAGAAGGACCCAACAGUCAAGAUGACAAGUCAUGCCAUCCCCCACAAGCAGCACCUGUGUGAGUUGAACCAGUUGUUGCCAGGGCAGCAGACCUCAUCGUUGCUGGGUCUAGGCUCGAACUCGGACCCAUCACCCUGUGAGACAUGAACGGAUCAGGAUUCUCCCACGCAGCAAGGUGGGUCCAAGAACGUCACAGCAGAGAGGGAACGAACUCGAGUAUGAACGGGAUAUUGUGAAACCGCACAAAAGAUUGUGGAACUGUGAAACUGCUGAGGCAACCUGUGAUGUUUGCUGAAAUAGGACAGGAGUCUUCCUGUAGGUUGAACUGAUUGCAAAUGGAAAUGUGGACCCUAUUGGACUAUGAAUCAGCGAUGGAAACUAACAGUUUUAGUCCUCUAGUCCUUAUAUUGAUAGCAAAUAGCAAAACCCUUAAAAAUAACAUUCUUUUAGUCCUUAUGCUACCUUAAACUAUUGGGCUGUUUGGCAAGGACAACAGGACUGGUGCCAAUUUCGAACACUAUGUAUGUUUGUGCAUUUUGUUGGAACUAAGCAAGUGACAAUCCAAAAUAACAUUCUGACCUCAACAAAUAGACAAAUUUAUCAACAGUUCAAACAGGAGUUUGGUUUUAAAGUCCCAUUUUAACAGUAGUCCAUUCAUAUCACGUGUCAGCUUAAUGUGGGAGGGAGGCCAAAGUGAUGCAGGUCUGACACUUUUCCCACUUUGGUGAAACCCACGAGCACGGGCAUACCUAGAAACAAUUGGGGCGCACCAGGAUUCGAACCUACAAUCAUAAGUUUCUUGUGUGCCCAAGGGAUGCAAGUCUGUGCAGCGAACUGCGGUGCCUCACACUACUUGGUUACCCGGGCCCCAGUAAAAAGGCAUUUAAGAAAAAAAUAAUAAUGUCAUUACGCUAAUGCAUCCAAAUUAUUAAUUCAGAUAAAAUAUAUGAUAUCUUUGAGUAUAGUAUUACGAUUCUCGAGAUUACAAUUCUCCGAGACAACCACACAGGUCCGAUUGCGGUCCUACACCGCAGCCUGCACAUAUUUCCCAGAUUUGUUUUUAAGUCACACAAAAGACUGUGACCAAGUUUCUGAAGGCAGGGCCGAUGCAUAGGGAUGAAGGGAGGUAACUGUUGUUAUACACCGAUUUCAUUCCAGAGCAAUGGAACAUAAGAUAUAUUUUAAGAAAUAAAUAAUGUUUAAAAUAUUUCUUAAUAAGCCACAAAGUAGAAAUGUUUUUGCAUUAAUAUAUAUCUUGUUUCUACAAGUUUACUAAUAAAUUAGAAAUGGGUUUGCAUGAAUACCCCUUGUAAAUUUAGUUUCACAAACUAGAAGAGUUAAUGGGUGAAUGUAUUGUAUGUCUUGGUCCUAAUAAAUGUAUCAAUAACAAGCUAGAUACAAGUUUGCAUGAAUACACAUUUGUUCCUCAUUUUGGUAUAUCUAAUGCUCAUUAAGUUUAUUUAGGAUUUGUUUGUUUAAAAAUCACAUGGACAAGUGUGCAUAUCAGCGCUCACUUAUUGGAGAGUUUACUCCAUUCACAGCCUGUCUCAGCUUCCACUUACACACAGCGCUGGGAUGUUCGCCAAGGCUUCAAUAUCUUCCUUAUUCUUCACAGACAUUUGGUGCACAGACUACAGAAACACAAACCUCUGGCUACACUUCUCACUGGGGUUAAUCACGAUCAUUAACUAGGUGCACAUGUCAGGCAAAUUGGGGGAAAAGGCAUUGUCCAAAAUUUGAUUUAAAAAAUGAAUAAAUGGAAUAAUGUUAUACCAAUUAUAUAAGCUUCUCACUCUUCAUUUGUUCUGUUAUCUGUGAGUGAGUGAGUAUGGUUUUACGCUGAUUUUAGCAAUAUUCCAGCAAUAUCACGGCGGGGGACACCAGAAAUGGGCUUCACACAUUGUACCCAUGUCGGGAAUCGAACCUGGGUCUUCGGCGUGACGAGCGAACGCUUUAACCACUAGGCUACCCGACCGCCCCUGUUAUCUGUGAGAGUUUGCACAGCUAAGACAUGAUACAGCUUCCGCAUGCCCUCAACAUUUGCUCUGAAAAGUCCUCAAUAAAUCCUUGGUCAUGUCAAGCAAACCACUGAGCUUGUUUAUGGGAGGGGAGUAUUGUCAGGUGUGGAAACCUCAUGUAUCAUAUAAGAAACGUGUUAAUGAGAGCCACUGUAUAUUCCUCAUAGUCACAUUUGUAUCCUUGUUUUAUGGAAAGUCAUCUGUGAUAUGGAGUGUUGUGUCGGCAUAAGCCAUAUCUGUCAGCCUGUGAACGAGUCGACAAAAACCAUGCCUCAUAUUUUGGGCCCAUGCUGUUUGGGAUUUGAUGCCAGUAUCAACCCUCUUCGUCUAAUUUAAAAAAAAGGGGAAACAGUGGCUAUUUGACAACCCAUGUGCGGUGAAGCUCUAACACUGUGACGACCCGGGUUGUAACCUGGAUAUUUGUUUAACGCCGCACUCAGAAAUAUUCCAGCUAUAUGACGGCAGUCUGUAAAUAAUCUAGUCUGGACCAGACAAUCCAGUGAUUGACAUCAUGAGCAUCGAUCUAUGCAAUUGGGAGGAUCGAUGAAAUGCAUUAACUAAGUCAGCAAGCCUCCCCACCCAAUCCCGUUAGUUGCCUCUUAGUCGCCUUUUACGACAAGCAUGGGUUGCUGAAGACUUAUUCUACCGAGGAUCUUCCGGGUCUGUAACUUUGAUGCCACAAAUUUUAACCUUUGUCAACUGGGAACAUGUUCUGUCCUUGAAUCCCCACUAGGAGAUUAAACAUCAUUGUUUGUCUAUAAAUGCCUUGUGUUCUAUGUUCUACUCUGACUUAAAGUUGGAUGCAUGUUUGUUGUGUUCAGAUUCCAGUCAUGGGAUGACGGUCUCAACACCUAGCGAUGUGAUGGGAAACAUACAACCAGUGAUUGAUAUAAUGAGCAGCGUCCAACAUCGACAAUCACCAAAGACACCAAGUUUAUCACCAGAUUCACUUAGUUGUUGGUAAGAGACAACUAACAGGAUCGGGUGGUCAGA